GGGGUGGGGGGGAUAAGGCGUCACAGCGUGGUGACAGCGGUGUGACAAUGCCGCGGUCGCAACCGCGUGGCAAGUAAUAAUAUUAAGGAAAACUUAAAUCGAACGCAUUGACUAAUUGUAAAAUGCAAAUUAACAAAAUAAAAAUAAUAAAAUGAACGUGCACAUAGGAAAAUCGUUUUUUACCGAGAGAAGUCGGUUGUAUUCGAAGCAAACGGUGGGGAAGCUAAAAGCUGCUUAGUACUCUUGUCUACCAUUGACCUGGUUGGAACAAAACAACGUGCGAUCGUCUUUAUGUAUAUGAAUAAAAUCAAUUGAAAAACCAUGUGCUCGAUUAUUUAACAGUGAACAACCAAAAAAAUCGGUUUGGGUGACUAAAUAAUACCAUGUUCAAUUAUUUCAAGUGCGUGACUGUGACACUAAUACAUGCCCGAUAAAAAAAAAUGAGCACCUCCCAACCGUUAAGGCCCAUGCUGAACUGGGCCUCAGUAGCAUCAUGGUUCUUCAGGCAAGAAUCCUCCGUUUUAAACACAAUGGCCAACAACAAUGUUAAAUCCACUAUAAUUUCCACCAAAGAAAAGUUUAACAGAGAGCAAUAUCAACCUCCCACUACUUGUCCAGCUAUCCGCUGUACUGUUCCAAACUGUAGCUGUGAAUGCUUCGUUGCUGGAAAGCGUCAUAUUCGAUACUGCGAGACCUGUAAACAUGGAUGGGUUACACAUGCACUGGACAAGUUGGGUAUGCGACAUCUCUUCACUAACAGUGCUUCUGAACCGGUGCGUCUGAAUGCCGCGUUUGACAUCGCCAGUUUAGUACUUUACGGAUGUCAAGCUCUGCCGAUUCGACUGAAACUUCUCUUGGACCGUUUGUUUUCGGCGCUUCACAAGGACCAAGUGCUCCAGAUCUUGCAUGGAUUUGGAUGGACACCAGAAGACUACGCUAGAGGAUACAUUGUACAGGAGUCAAACGGCAGCACUCUGGACCGAUGGAGUAUAUGCAGUCCUGAGGAGGAGCCUCUGGUCCUCCAGCAGUUUCUCAGAUUCGGAGAGACGCGAGCGAUAACGCAGCAACUAAUUUUGGCCCAUCAGGCCCUGCAGGACCCCACGCUGGAGCGGCUCGAGCGCCUUCAUCCGUCACACGCUUCGCGUUCCCGGGCGAUGUCCCCGAACCGCCACGGACCGUCACCGCCGACCGUCGCGACGUCCGCCUUUCAUCCUUCUCGCUUGCCAACGAUGUCGCCUCAUCAAAAGCACCAUUUAAACUACCUGAAAAUGCCGACUUCCAACGGGCCGAUCUCCUCGCAUUCGCCGCCCACUAGCAUAAAUACGAGCCCUUUGAACACCACACCGCUGAAUCGGCUUCAAAACAUGCAACCGUUCGAUUAUCGUAAGUUGGGCGCUAAUUUGAUGAAUUUUCCCAGCCGCGUCAGCCCCGACAUGACUAACAGACGGAGGACUUCGGAAAACGAAUCGGUCGGUUUGAAUUUGAGCAUGGCCACCUCUAUGCCUCAAUGUUUACCGCCGCCGCCGCCGCCACCGUCGUCUCUUAGUCAUUCUGCCGCGGCUAUGGCUGCUGCGGCUGCCGUUUCGGUGAAUUCCUUGGCCGCUGCCAGUUUGGUGGCUUCUUCGUUCCCCGCUUUGAUGUCGACGAAAAUGUCUUCGGGCAGUAGAUCGCCGUCGAGCGCGGAAUUCGCUUGCGGUAACAACAACAGCGAAGACGACGAGGACGACGAAAACUCUCAUAGUGUGCUUAAUUUGAGCAGAGAUAGAGAUGCCCAGAGGACGCCGAGGCAUCGCGCUAUUCCCGGCCGCAAGCCGACCAAGCGACAAUGGGGUUCGCCCAGUUUGCCGUUGAAUUUGGGCACCCAAUUCAUUAAUCCCGCCACGGGCAAGAAGCGAGUACAAUGCAACGUGUGCUUGAAGACUUUCUGCGAUAAAGGUGCUCUGAAGAUUCACUUUUCUGCCGUGCAUCUGCGCGAAAUGCACAAAUGUACCGUUGAAGGUUGCAACAUGAUGUUCAGUUCGAGAAGAUCUCGAAACAGGCACAGUGCCAACCCGAAUCCCAAGUUACAUUCGCCGCACCUUCGACGAAAAAUAUCGCCGCACGAUGGCAGGAGCUCCCAAUCCCACCCCAUGUUGAUACCCCCACAGACCGGUUUAAGCCUGCCAGCGGCAGCUGCAGCAUUAAAUCCACUUAAUCCGUUCGGGCCGUUCCCACUGCUCACUCCCCCACCCGAUAUGAAAUACCACCCCCUCACUAUGGACUUUAAACAAACGCUGGAUUUGAGCAUGCAAAGGUUGGAGGAAAGUAAAAACUGCCUAAAAGAAUACAGCAGUGGUUUGUCCCUUCAACAUCACUCGCAUCAACAGUCGCACUCCGAAGAUGACGAGGACGACGAUGAUGGGAUUGUAGUGGUUGGUGGCGAUGAAGAAGAUGAGGUUCCAGAAAAAACUGAAUCUACAAACGGUGUGUCCGUUACUUCGUCCGAUCAGCCUGAAGAUUUCAGCAUGCCCGCUAAAAAGCAGAAAAUGUCAAUCUCCGACGUUGAGGAAGAUAUAGCCAGUAAUGUAGAUAGUAAUGAGGAUUCCUUGAGUGUUGUCGAUACCCAUAGCCUGAAGGAUGAGAGUAACGUGCAAACCAACAAGAGAAAGCGCAAAAGUCAGAACCCAACGAGAUGCACUAUACAACCAGUAAUGCAAGAUGCUGGAAGCGAUGGCGAUUCAUCGAAUGACGUUUUUUCCGAACGAUUGAUCGAAAAACCAAAAAUGAUGAUCGAAGUCGAAGAAAAACCUAAGGAAAUCAAGGAAGAAAAAAAACUCGAAAUUAAAACCGAAGAAAGAUGCGAAUCUCCUCUGGACCUGGGAAAGAGGAGUCCAGAUGUAAAUGCCAAUGAACCUGAAAAAACUAUUAGUCCUGAAAUUAAAACUAGUUUAGCUCCACUAUUUAUGAUAGACAAAAUAAAGAAGGAAAAGACGUUUCAUGAAAGUGAACCCGUUGAAGAGGCUGAAGAAAGGCCGGCUAGCUCUGUAGAAAGCAACAAAAGCGACGAAUCCUUCGAUUCGUCCAACCCACUGCGGCACUUGGAAUCCUUAUCGCACGGUCAUUUCGGCGAUUUGAUGGCGAGACAUCUAGGCUUACCCGGCCAAAGCCCGCAAUUCCCGCCGUUGGGGUUUAUGAUGAGUGGCGGGCCACCAAGUCCGGCCCGUUCCCAGGCUUCUUCUGCUGGAAGCAGUAACGGAGGAGAGUCGCCAGACGAAAACAGUCAAAACCAAUUAUUCGGUCACUAUGACAACGGGCAAUUUAUAAGCACCAUGGAUGUUCCUAUCGAUAAAGACAACCCUCGCAGAUGCACGGCGUGCGGCAAAAUAUUCCAAAAUCAUUUUGGCGUUAAAACUCACUACCAAAACGUUCACUUAAAAUUGAUGCACAAGUGCAACGUGGAUGGCUGCAACGCGGCUUUUCCAUCGAAACGCAGCAGAGAUCGGCAUAGUGCUAAUCUGAAUUUGCAUAGAAAAUUACUAUCGACGUCUUCGGAUAAAUCGGUAAACAGUCUGUUCAUGGAGAAAUCGCCGUUCGCCAGUUUGGCCAACAACCCUGCUUUGCACAGCGAUUUUCUAUCGAGAUUGUACGCCGAAGAGGCUCUUAAAGGUCAUCACCUGCCGCCGCCGAAUCUAGAUCAACUGAUGCUGAAUGGCGAUAGAAUUCCUCACCCACCUCUAUUAUUACCUCCCUUGGCCGGUCUUCCAUUCCCGCUGGGAAAUUUCAACCACUUCGGCCAGUUUAACGGUUCCUCGCUACCUACUCGCAAAGAACGCUCCUCCAGUUCGAGUUCGCCAGUAUCUGGAUCUCCUCCUCCGACGAAUUUGUCUCCAAGUGCUUCGAAAUACGUGCAUUGUGUCGAAGAAGACCUCCCUACUCCCGAUAAAGAGGGCAACUUGCCUUGCAGAUUGUGCAGGAGCGCGUUUAGUUCGUCGUCGCAGCUGAAGGAUCACUGCGAGAAAAACCACAUAUCCGAAAUGUUUAAAUGCACCGUGAUGGGUUGCCCGAAGGUUUUCAUUUCGCGAACCAGAAGGAACAUUCACUCCGAGAACGAAUCUCUUCAUGUUAACUCUUCUAGCAAGGACACGCCGGUUUCGUGACCACUAAGCAAUCUACUAGAAUUUAGGACAGUGCCCUUUUGGUGGUGAUCUGAUAAACUAUAACUUAUCGAACGUUAGAUAGCUUCAUAUAUGUGAUUAUAGUAUAAUUAAUUUUUACUUUUCAAAGCCAGUUCUUUUCUUUUAAUUUAUUUUAUCUUGUAUGUAUAAAGGACUUCUACCUGUGUUUCAGUGAUUUUUUAUUUUUAAUAUUAUUUUGUAUAGAAAUUAGCCAGUCUUGAAAAAUACUCAUUGUAAAUAUAUAUUUCGUAGUUUUAGAAGAUCUCUAGUAAGAUGUGAUUACAAAAAAUUGCUAUUUAUGUGAAUAUUAUAACCAAUUGCUCAUUUUUAUUGUAAUCUAAAAUGACCCGUUUGUUUUUCCAUACAUAGUAAAAUAAAAAUGUCGCUUUACGAUUCCUGGACGUUAUCAAUAUAAUUCACAUGUAGUUAGAUCUAUUCAAAUGUAUAUUUAAAUGUGCAAUAACUUUGUAAAUACGCUAUCUUGCCUAUAAAUGUAUAGAUGUAUAUAUUAUUUACACUUAAUUAAAGGAGAUUGAAUCCAAAAUGUAUACGAAAAAUAUUAUUUUCAACAACUGUAUUUCUGAAAUUUACAACAACAAAAUUCAAUCACACUUCUGAUUCAGAAAUACACCCAAGUAAAUAAUUCUUAUCAAAUGCAAUUUUAUCGGCAGAAUUUUAGUUGACUCUGACAAUUUAUUUUCCUGCCUCUGCCUUUAAAACCGCAUCCUUAGUAAGACCUUAUUUACCGACUGUGUAACUAUAUUAUGCACCAUUUGUAAAUGUUAUUUGUUAUUGCAUAUUCACCUACUUGUGUACAGUAAUCAGUAAUAUGUAUUGCCUUUUGGGCUUUAUUAAACUUAUAGCUGUCGUAAUUUUUUUGUUUCAUUUUAAUUUAAACCCUACUCCCAAAAAGUUGUAAGUAUAAACAAUGCUUAAUUACCAUUAUCAAGUACUUGGC